UCUCUCUCUGUCUGUCUCUUUCUUUCUUGUCGGAGGCUGUGGGAUAAUGGCGUGUGGGUUGUGGCUGUGAGGAUGAGUUCCUGCUUCGUGCCGAACGGGGCCAGCCUGGAGGAUUGCCAUUCCAACCUUUUCUGUCUGGCUGAUUUGACUGGGAUUAAAUGGAAACGAUACGUAUGGCAGGGUCCAACAUCUGCCCCAAUUCUCUUUCCGGUAACGGAGGAGGAUCCCAUUUUGAGCAGUUUCAGUCGCUGUCUGAAAGCCGAUGUACUGAGUGUUUGGCGGCGCGAUCAGAGACCUGGACGCAGAGAGUUGUGGAUAUUUUGGUGGGGUGAUGACCCCAACUUUACUGAUCUUAUUCAUCAUGACCUCUCAGAAGAGGAAGAUGGCAUAUGGGAGAAUGGACUGUCUUACGAAUGUCGCACUCUGCUUUUCAAAGCAGUUCACAACCUGCUGGAGAGGUGUCUAAUGAACCGGAAUUUUGUGCGCAUUGGGAAGUGGUUUGUGAAGCCUUAUGAGAAAGAUGAAAAACCUAUAAAUAAAAGUGAGCACUUGUCCUGCUCUUUCACCUUUUUCUUGCAUGGGGACAGCAAUGUUUGUACCAGUGUGGAAAUCAACCAGCACCAACCUGUAUAUCUUCUUAGUGAAGAACACCUUACCCUUGCCCAGCAGUCUAACAGCCCUUUUCAAGUUAUCCUAAGUCCAUUUGGAUUAAAUGGCACACUCACAGGACAGUCAUUCAAGCUCUCAGAUUCAUCUACAAAAAAGCUGAUUGGUGAAUGGAAACAAUUCUAUCCUAUCACAUCUAACCUGAAGGAGGGUUCUGAGGAAAAACAAGAAGAGAUGGAUUGGGAAGAUGACUCUCUGGCUGCUGUGGAAGUCCUUGUAGCUGGUGUGCGAAUGGUCUACCCAGCAUGCUUUGUUCUAGUUCCUCAGACAGACGUUCCUGCUCCUAGCACUGUGGGGGUUUCUCACUGUUCAACUACUUGCUUGGGUGUCCACCAAGUGCCUGUUUCCACAAGGGAUCCUGUCAUGUCUUCUGUAACUUUGACUCCACCUACGUCCCCAGAGGAAGUUCAGACAGUUGACGCUCAGUCAGCCCAGAAGUGGGUGAAAUUUUCUUCAGUUUCUGAUGGAUUUAGCUCUGACAGUACUAGCCACCAUGGUGGCAAAAUCCCUAGAAAACUAGCCAAUCAGGUGGUGGAUCGAGUUUGGCAAGAAUGCAAUAUGAACAGAGCACAGAACAAGAGAAAGUAUUCUGCUACAUCAAAUGGCUUAUGUGUUGAAGAGACAGCUGACAAAGUAGCAUCCUGGGAUUUUGUUGAAGCCACACAGAGGACAAAUUGCAAUUGCUCAAGGCACAAAAAUCUUAAACCAAGAAGUUCGGGUCAGCAGGGGCAGGCACCACCUGUAGGCCAACAACAACAAGCAGCUCCGAAGCACAAGACAAAUGAGAAGCAAGAGAAGGGGGAUAAGCCACAAAAACGCCCUUUGACUCCUUUUCACCAUCGUGCAUCUAUUAGUGACGAUGUUGCCAUGGAGGCAGAUUCAGCAAGUCAGAGGCUUGUGAUCACAGCACCAGACAGUCAAGUGAGAUUUUCAAAUAUCAGAACUAAUAAUGAUGUAGCAAAGACUCCUCAGAUGCAUGGCAAUGAAAUGGCAAAUUCACCUCAACCACCACCACUUAGUCCUCACCCAUGUGAUGUAGUUGAUGAAGGGGUAACUAAAACUCCUUCUACUCCUCAGAGCCAGCAUUUCUAUCAGAUGCCAACACCAGAUCCCUUGGUUCCCACAAAAACAAUGGAAGACAGGAUAGACCCCUUGUCUCAGCCUUUCCCACCUCAAUUCCCAGAAGUUAUAGAACCUACAAUGUAUGUUGGUACUGCAAUGAAUUUGGAGGAAGAUGAUGCUAACACCACUUGGAAGUUUUACAAAGUUCCAAAGAAAAAGGAUGUGGAAUUCUUACCACCACAGCUUCCAAGUGAUAAAUUCAGAGAUGAUCCAGUAGGACCAACUGGACAGGACAACAUAACGUCAGUUACAGAAUUAAUGGUGCAGUGUAGGAAGCCUUUAAAGGUUUCCGAUGAACUGGUGCAGCAAUAUCAGAGUAAAAACCAAUACCUAGUAGCAGUAGCGUCUGAAGUUGACCAAGAACCUGAAAUUGAUCCUUAUGCAUUUGUUGAUGGUGACGUGGAAUUCCUUUUUCCUGAUAACAAAAAGGAUAGGCAAAACAGUGAAAGAGAAGCUGGGAGAAAACACAAGGCUGAAGAUGGGACCUCUAAUGUUACAGUUUUAUCCCAUGAAGGAGAAGAUGCUAUGUCACUGUUUAGUCCUUCUGUCAAGCAAGAUGCACAACGUAUUGCUGCUCACGCUCGCACUGCAUCAACUAGCCUGUUUCAUGAAACAGACCUGGUAGUCUCUUACACUGACCUUGACAAUCUCUUCAACUCUGAUGAAGAUGAACUAACACCUGGAUCUAAAAGAACAGUGAAUGGCUCAGAUGACAAAUCCAACUGCAAAGAGUCAAAAGCAGGAAAUUUGGACCCAUUGUCAUGCAUAAGUACUGCAGAUCUUCAUAAAAUGUAUCCAACACCACCAUCAUUGGAACAACAUAUUAUGGGGUUUUCACCAAUGAAUAUGAACAAUAAGGAAUAUGGCAAUAUGGAUGCUACACUUGGAGGAACUAUACUUGAAGGGAAUAGCUCUAGUGUAGGCAUUCAGUUCAGAAUUGAAGUAGAUGAGGGAUUCUGCAGUCCAAAACCUUCUGAAAUCAAGGAUUAUUCCUAUGUCUAUAAGCCUGAGAAUAGUCAGGCUUUUGUGGGGUGUUCCAUGUUUGCCCCUCUAAAGACUCUCCCCAGCCAAUGUCUCCCUCCUAUCAAGCUGCCAGAGGACUGCAUUUACCGUCAGAGUUGGACUGUUGGAAAACUGGAGUUACUUCCUCCAGGACCCACCAUGCCAUUCAUCAAAGAGGGUGAUGGAAGCACUAUGGAUCAAGAGUAUGGCCCUGCCUACACGCCACAAACUCAUACUCCAUUUGGGAUGCCGCCCAGUAGUGCACCUCCCAGCAAUAGUGGAGCAGGAAUUCUCCCAUCUCCUUCCACUCCUCGGUUCCCAACUCCUAGAACACCAAGGACACCUCGUACCCCUCGUGGAGCUGGUGGACCUGCCAGCGCUCAAGGUUCAGUCAAAUAUGAAAAUUCUGAUUUGUAUUCACCAGCGUCCACACCAUCAACAUGUAGACCACUAAAUUCAGUUGAACCUGCAACUGUACCAUCCAUCCCUGAGGCGCACAGUCUUUAUGUGAAUCUCAUCCUUUCGGAGUCAGUAAUGAAUCUGUUCAAAGACUGUAACUUUGAUAGCUGCUGCAUCUGUGUCUGCAACAUGAACAUCAAAGGUGCUGAUGUUGGAGUUUACAUUCCAGAUCCAACACAAGAGGCUCAAUAUAGGUGUACCUGUGGCUUCAGUGCUGUCAUGAAUAGAAAGUUUGGCAACAACUCUGGAUUGUUUCUUGAAGAUGAAUUGGAUAUCCUUGGGCGUAAUACAGAGUGUGGCAAAGAAGCGGAGAAACGUUUUGAAGCUCUUAGAGCUACUUCUGUUGAGCGAGGACUGAAAGAACCUGAGAAAUUGCCUGAUGAGUUAAUACUGUUGCUGCAAGAUCAGUGCACCAACUUGUUUUCGCCAUUUGGAGCAGCAGAUCAAGAUCCUAUACCCAAAUUUGGUGCAGUUAACAACCUGGUACGUGUAGAAGAAAGGGAUUGUUGCAAUGACUGCUAUCUAGCGUUAGAACAUGGGCGCCAGUUCAUGGACAAUAUGUCAGGAGGAAAAGUUGAUGAAGCACUUGUGAAAAGUACUUGCUUGCAUCAUUGGUCAAAAAGAAAUGUUGUGGAUGUGAGCAUGCAGUGUUCACAGGACAUCCUUCGCAUGCUUCUGUCACUCCAGCCAGUUCUUCAGGAUGCUAUUCAGAAAAAGCGAAUAGUCCGAUCUUGGGGUGUGCAGGGCCCCCUCACAUGGCAGCAGUUUCACAAAAUGGCUGGCCGAGGCUCUUAUGGAACUGAUGAAUCCCCAGAACCACUGCCAAUUCCAACAUUUUUGCUGGGAUACGAUUAUGAUUUUCUGGUGCUGUCUCCAUUUGCCUUGCCAUACUGGGAGAGGCUGAUGUUGGAACCUUAUGGAUCUCAAAGAGACAUUGCUUAUGUUGUGGUGUGUCCUGAGAAUGAGGCCCUGCUGAAUGGAGCAAAAAGCUUCUUUAGAGAUCUGACUGCAGUAUAUGAGGCUUGCAGACUUGGUCAGCAUAGACCUAUCUGUAAACUGCUCUCUGAUGGGAUCAUGAGAGUUGGAUCCACUGCUUCAAAGAAACUUUCUGAAAAGUCGGUCACAGACUGGUUCUCUCAGGCAGCUAAUGCCAACAAUGAAGCAUUUUCCAAACUCAAGCUCUAUGCUCAAGUUUGCAGAUAUGACCUGGGUCCUUAUCUUGCUUCUCAGCCAUUAGACAAUUCUUUACUUUCUCAGCCAAAUCUAGUUCCCCUCACAAGUCAGUCUGCAUCCACUCAGCCACUGGUCGCAGGUAACACUGGAAAUUCCAACACUCCAUCAUCGUCCAGUGCUGCAGCUGCUACCAGUAGUACCAUGACGGUGACUUCAAACAGUGCCAUGUCUUCUGCAGCUACUACAACUAAUUCAACUUUGACCACUACCGCCCCCUCAUCUUCUUCCACCAACAUAGGCAGUGGGAUAUCAACAAACAAACCUUCUUCGUUUCCACCUUUUAGCGGCAUGAACAGUACUACUUCUGCCUCCCUGCCUACACAGGCUACAACAGCCCCGAAUGGACAGACAGGGGGACAGCAGCAACAACCAGCUCUUCAAGCAGCUGGGAUAUCUGGGGAAACUUCAUCUGCCCCUCCACAGCCACACCCAGAAGUCUCUGAAAGCACUAUGGAUCGUGAUAAAGUUGGAGUCCCUACAGAUGGAGAUUCACAUGCUGUCUCCUAUCCACCUGCAAUUGUAGUUUAUAUAAUUGAUCCUUUUACAUAUGAAAAGAAAGAUGAGCAUAGCAACUCAUCCAAUGUGUGGACCCUUGGGCUUCUUCGUUGCUUUCUAGAGAUGGUUCAGAUUCUUCCUCCUAACAUCAGGAGUACAGUUUCUGUGCAGAUUGUCCCGUGUCAGUACCUGUUGCAACCUGUGAAACAUGAAGAUAGGCAAAUCUACACCCAACACUUAAAAUCUCUGGCAUUUUCAGCAUUUACCCAGUGUCGGAGACCACUUCCAACUUCAACCAAUGUGAAAACAUUGACUGGUUUUGGCCCAGGUUUAGCAAUGGAAACUGCUCUCAAGAGCCCUGAUAGACCAGAGUGUAUUCGACUCUAUACACCCCCUUUUAUAUUGGCUCCUGUAAAGGACAAGCAAACAGAGUUAGGAGAAACUUUUGGAGAGGCUGGACAGAAAUAUAAUGUGCUUUUUGUGGGCUAUUGUUUAUCUCAUGAUCAAAGAUGGCUUCUUGCAUCAUGCACAGAUCUCUAUGGAGAACUGCUAGAAACUUGCAUAAUUAAUAUCGAUGUACCAAACAGAGCUCGUAGGAAAAAAGGUUCUGCCCGCAGACUUGGUCUCCAAAAACUCUGGGAAUGGUGCUUGGGACUUGUGCAGAUGAGUUCAUUGCCCUGGAGAGUUGUAAUAGGCCGUUUAGGAAGGAUAGGUCAUGGAGAAUUAAAAGAUUGGAGCUGUUUGCUGAGUCGCCGAAACCUCCAGUCCCUCAGCAAGAGACUGAAAGAUAUGUGUAGGAUGUGUGGUAUAUCUGCUGCAGAUUCUCCCAGCAUUCUCAGUGCUUGCUUGGUGGCAAUGGAACCACAAGGGUCUUUUGUUAUUAUGCCAGAUUCCGUGUCAACAGGUUCUGUAUUUGGACGCAGCACUACUUUAAAUAUGCAGACAUCUCAGCUGAAUACCCCACAGGACACAUCAUGCACUCAUAUACUUGUGUUCCCUACAUCUGCCUCUGUGCAAGUAGCAUCGUCAACCUAUACCACUGAAAAUUUGGACUUGGCCUUCAAUACAAACAAUGAUGGAGCAGAUGGAAUGGGUAUCUUUGAUUUGUUAGACACUGGAGAUGACCUUGAUCCUGAUAUUAUUAAUAUCCUUCCUGCAUCCCCUACUGGAUCCCCUGUACAUUCACCAGGAUCCCAUUACCCCCAUGGAGGUGAAAUGGGCAAGGGUCAAGGUACAGAUAGAUUGCUUUCAACAGAAUCUCAUGAUGAAGUAACAAAUAUCCUGCAACAACCAUUGGCCCUUGGUUACUUUGUAUCAACUGCCAAAGCCGGUCCAUUGCCUGAGUGGUUUUGGUCAGCAUGUCCUCAAGCACAAAAUCAGUGUCCCCUGUUUCUUAAGGCCUCUUUGCACCUCCAUGUGCCUUCAGUGCAAUCAGACGAGCUACUCCACAGUAAACACUCCCACCCACUUGACUCUAAUCAAACUUCUGAUGUUCUCAGGUUUGUUUUGGAACAGUACAAUGCACUCUCCUGGCUAACCUGUGAUCCCGCAACCCAGGACAGACGGUCAUGUCUCCCAGUUCAUUUUGUGGUGCUGAAUCAGUUGUAUAACUUUAUCAUGAAUAUGCUGUGAUCUUCAUCUGAACUUUGCAAGAAGAGAACAAGGAAAAGGGAUAUUUCACUGCAGGACUAAGUUAUAAUUCUUCUCAGUUCAAGUUAUUUGUGAUGGGGUAUAAUUCUUGUUACUUCCAACAAAUAUUGUUUUGACUUCUGAGGGGCACAUAAUCCUGCUGUCUUUGUUUCAUUGACUCUACAGGACUCUUUUUAGAAUGAUGAUUGAUCAGUCAAAAUGUAUUAUAACAUUUUAGUGGCAAAAUUGACCCUUUUUUCCCAGUCACAGUAUUUGUGAAAAGUAAUGAGCCAUAGUACCCAGUCAUGUUUAAUGAAUAUUAAAAGCAUGGAGACGAGAAGAGACGUGAGGAACAAUAGGUUUCAACCUAUGGCUUCAGAACAUCAAGAUGUUCUUGUAUCGGAUUAUAGUACCUAGUAUUCAGAAAAUGCCUGCAUCUCUUAUUUAUUGUAAGUUUUUAAAUGUAUAAAUUGUCUUAUAUUUCUUAACCUCUUUUAUAAAAAUUUUCCUAGAAGGUUUAUACUGCCUUCUUGCUUUAAAGCAAUUGGUCUAAAAUAUAUGUAAUCGUC